AUGUUUACUAAAUUAGUCUUGUUCAUUUUUUUCGGAUUUUCUCCAUCUAUUUUGGCACAAUUUUAUGAAGACCAAAGAUGUCGUUGUGUUUGUCCUAGUCAAUCCACUUUUUUAAACAAGACCGUUAAAGGUUCUGAUAGAAAACUAUAUAUUGCAUUUGUACCACCCAAUAAAUGUACUUGUGAUGCUGUUAUUUUGCCUCUUGUGACUGAUGAAAUAAGACAAAAUGCUCAAAUAUUCUGUCCUAGAUGUGAUUGUACUUACGAAUCUAGAAACACAACUAUUAUUAUGGUUGUAGUAAUAAUGAUUUUGUGUGUUUUAAUGCUGCUGUCUGCAUAUUUUAUAUUCCUGUCAAUACUUGGUCCUCUUGCUGUUGAUAGAAAGCUCUCUGUACAUAUAAUCAAUGAUGAGGCCCAGAGACCUUUGAUGCAUGAUGAUAGUGAUUAG